CUUGGGGAAUCUCUGGGACCAAAGAAACAGACUGUUCAAAGAGUGCCUGCAGGUGAAUUGGAGAGUUUCAUGGAUAUGACAUCAGGCAGCACACCUUCUUCUGCAAGGACAGUCCAAGAGCAUCCACCACACUCGGAUAGGUCGUGGAGCCAGCACUCAUCGAUGGAGACUGCAGGAACCCCAAGCACUGGGACCUCACAAGGAGUAGUGAAGGAGCAACUCGGUAUCAGACUAGUUCAGGAGGCCCCCACAGAAUCUCCCAGAGACCUUUCUGAGACUGGUGUAGUUGGAGGUUCCAGUCACCCUGUCUGGAGGGACAGCAUGUCACAACACCACCAGGGCGUGCAGCAAGAAACCUUGAGAGCAUCUUCGUUUCCUUCAGCAUCCAACCCCAGACAAGGUCCCAUUAACCCCAUUUCCAUCAUCCCUAGACCAGCUCCCAUCAGCCUCGCUCCUAUCAGCUCUAGACCAGCUCCCAUCAGCCCCAGACCAGCUCACACCAGCCCCGCUUCUACCAGCCCCAGACCGUCUCCCAUUAGUGAGCCCCAGCAGCCUGUCCGGGGCAGUGUAAGGGAGAUACAGACCACUCCACUGACUCCACGCCGGAAACUCAUAACACCUGUUGAAUACAGAGAUACCGUUCCAGAGGAGUUUGAAGCAAAAGUUAAGAAAUCCAGGUCAGAUGAUUACCUCACUACGGAUGUAGCGAUGGAAGACAGCACAUGUCGGCUGUCACCAGCCCCUUCCCGCUCCGGAUCCAGAAUCUUUGAGAAAGUGAAAUAUUUUGAGUCAUUUCCAGAGAGGAGGCGAAGUUUUGACCUGGUGGAUGGACAGCCGUGGCCAGGGUUCAGAAAGUGCAAGUCCUUUGAUCACAUGGAACAACAUGAGGUGAGGAGAAGGCCUUCGCUCUCUGAUCUGCUGGACAGUGAGGGGAGAGGACUACUGAGGGUGGAAGGUGGAGGUCCAGAGCAGAAACGCACGGUAUUCAAGCAAAAAGCAGCUUCAUUUGAUGAGCAAGGGAAGUACGCACACAGGGUCCAUGAAAUAGAGUUCAAAAUCUCAGAGGAAUUAAAUCGGAUUAAGAAAAAUGCGCUGAGCUCCAUGUCAAAACCACAGAUGAAGUCUCCUGUGUUGGAACGAGCGCUGAAAAGAGACUUGUCAGCACGGAGAGUAACUGUCCAGCGAGGUGAGCCUAGUAUGAUGCCCAAGGGGGCGAGGUGUGUGGAGCGAGUUGCUGAGAAAGCACCAAAAGACACAAUGCUAAAUUCUAUGCGUAAGCCCCUUCAGAGAGGUCUUGCUACUACUAGUGUUUCAACUGAGCCAGAUGAUUUGGAAGUUGAUGGAGAGAAACACCAAGCGCAGCACCCGAUAAUCAAUCAUAUUGACCAGCAAGAUGCACAAGCAGGCAAUACAAAAGUGCAAGAUGCAGGAACUGGAGUCGUACAGGAAAUCCUGGGAUCCUGCACACUGGAAACUCAGAUUCAGCCAAGUCGUUCACAAUUAGUUGUGGAACAAGAAGGAAAGGCAAGUUCAACUUUCCAGCACCAAGUACCAGUUAACAUUUCUGCUGUCCAGCUGAAGAACUCUGAGACUCUUGCACACUUCAAACAUAGGGGAUCAGCUCAGAAUCUAUCGCAGCUUCCUGCUUCAAGUAAACAGUUGCGAGAAUCAUUGGAGAAAACCAGGUUGAAUUUGGACCAGGAAGACAGUGUUCCAAGGCUUGACAUUGCCCCACUCUGUCCUGCCAAUCCAAGUGCCACACCCAGACCCAUCAUCCCAAGGAUCACAAUUGGUGAAAGAAAAGAUGUAGAAAUGGAAGGAAAGGCUUUAAGAACAACAGAGGGAAAAUCUGCCCGGAAAAUCUCCCGAGGGAAAUCAAAACAGCUUUGUCCAACUUCACCAGAAACAGUGGAUUCCUCAGAUGAUUCCUAUGUGUCAGCCGGUGAGGAGCCAUUGGAGCCUCCAGUCUUUGAAAUUCCCAUCACAGACACAAUGGUGACCGCUGGAGCUGAAGUGCUGCUGAAAUGUAUUGUUACAGGAACUCCCAUGCCUGAAGUUAUUUGGAAAAAAGAUGGUGAAAUUCUCGGAUUGGGCCAAACGUAUCUGAUUAAAGCAGAGGGUGAAAGGCACACACUGCUCAUCCAAUCAGCGAGUGUACUGGAUGGCGGUCUAUAUUCUGUCAGUGCUGCCAAUGAGGUCGGCUUGUCUAGCUGUUCCGCUUCUGUCCAAAUCCGAGCAGAUUCUGGUGCUGACAGGAAAUUAUUGACAGUUCCCACCGAGCUCUACAGCCCCAUCACAUCAGAUGAGGAAUAUCUAAGUCCCGUGGAGGAUCCUAUUGAUUUUACGUAUAAGGGCAGACAAGCUCUGAAAGUGCCAGAGAUCUUGUCCCCACUAGAGGCCCUCACAUCACAAGGUCUCAUCGAAACACACUUCAAAGCACCGCCUAUCUUUGAGAUAUCUCUGAGUGACUUGGUUGCUGUGGAAGGUCAGAAUGUGAGCCUGACUGUCAGUGUACAGGGAGAGCCCAAGCCUAUCAUUUACUGGCUGAGGAACCGUGAGCCAGUGAAGAAUGACAACCGGCAUUAUGUCCUGGAAGGGGAGAAGGGGAAAUUCCAUCUGAACAUUGUUGCUGUGCAGAGGUCCGACUCUGGAAUGUACUCUUGCAAAGCAAUCAACGAGUAUGGCACAAAGCAGUGUGAUGGCAAGCUUGAGGUCAAAGCCCGGCGUGAAGACCAGACUUUGACCAUUUUAGCUCCUGCACGAGACAAUGUGGUUAAUGCUGGGGAGUCAGCCUGCUUCGAGUGUCUCAUACAAGGUCCGCUAGACAUUGAUGUGGACUGGUUGACCAAAGGAAAGUUGGUGCAGCCUGCACUGCUUAACUGCAAGAUGCACUUUGAUGGGAAAAAGUGUAAACUUCUUCUAAACUCGGUGCACGAAGACGACAGCGGGAUAUAUACGUGCAAAGUGAGCACUGCCAAAGAUGAGAAGACUUGCAAUGCCCAGCUAUCGGUAGCGCCCUCAAUUCAGCCGCUCUUCACCAGGAAGCUGGAAGAUGUUGUCGUGAUUGAGGGGAGGACAGCUCGUCUGGAUGUCAAAGUCAGUGGCACGCCACCACCAAGUCUCAUGUGGAUGCAUUUUGGAGAAAAGGUUGUGGAGAGUGACAAUGUCCGCAUCGUGAAGGACCAGGGGCUCCACUCGCUAAUCAUCACUCAUGCCGUCAGUGAGAAUGAAGGAGAAUAUUCUGCCAUUGCUCAGAAUCCACAUGGUGAUGCCUUCUGUUCAGCAGAGCUUUACGUGGAGGAACCGCGAGCUGUGGUCUCCUCACCCAUGGCCAAGCUGGAGAAGAUGCCUUCUAUCCCUGAGGAACCUGAGACCCCAGAGAACGAGGUGGAACGCUUCACAAUGCCUGACUUCAUCAAACCCAUCCACAACAUUGAUGUGACUGAAGGGAAGGACGCAGUUCUGGAGUGUCAAGUGACGGGGCUUCCUUAUCCCACCAUUACCUGGUAUCACAAUGGGCUGAAGUUGGAGAGCACGGAAGAGCGGAGAAUGACCCAGUAUAAAGACAUCCAUCGCUUGGUCAUUCGUACCAUCAGCCAUUCUCACGCAGGCGUCUAUAAAAGCGUCAUAGCCAACAAAGUGGGCAAGGCUACCUGCUAUGCACAUUUAUACGUAUCUGAUGUGGUGCCAGAGCCACCUGAUGGGCCCCCUGUGGUGCUUGGAGUGAGCGGCCGCACGGUGACUCUCAAAUGGAACAAACCAAAGAAACUGGAUCCAUCUAUAGAUCCCGAUACACUGACCUACGUGAUUCAGAGCCAGGUUCUGGGGACAGCACAGUGGCACGUGCUGAAAGCCAACAUCAGGGGAAUAACAUUCACUAUUCAGUCACUGAAUAAAGGAAAUCAGUAUCUGUUCAGGGUCCAGAGCACAACAUCCAAGAGCUGCAGCAAACCUUCUGCCACCUCAGAGCCUGUAAAACUCCUGGACAGAGGUCCCUAUCUGGAGGACGCUCCUUGCUUCGUUGACAAACCAGAUGUUGUGUAUGCUGUGGAGAACGAAAGUGUCUGCAUCACCUGCACAAUGAAUUAUGUGCAGGCCAAUGUGUGCUGGACCAGGAAUGGUGUGGAGCUGCUGGCCCGCCCACGGGUAUAUGAGUUGAGCAUGCCAGAUGAUGACCAGCACAUGCUGAAGAUAGUCAAAGUGGAUAAGGCCGAGGUCGGUGAGAUUACCUGCACAGCCAGUAAUGAGAAGGGGACUGACUCGUGCAGAAUUGCUCUGGAGUUAGCAGAGGCACCAUGCUAUGAGUCCAUCAUGGAAGAUAUCGAGGUCAGCGUGGAGGAGACAGCCAGAUUUGUGGUUGUUGUAGAAGGGAGGCCAUUGCCUGACAUCAACUGGUACAAGGAUGGCAAGUUACUGGUGGAGAGUAACCACCUGUCCUUUGUGUACGAUGACAAUGAGUGUUCACUUGUGAUCCUGAACACAACAGAUGCAGACAGUGGGGUCUAUACCUGCACUGCGAGGAACCUGGCUGGAGAAGUGUCGUGUAAAGCAGAGCUAACUGUGCUGAGAGGGAAAAGAGGGAAUGAGGAGUCAAUAGACGAUGAAGAAACAAUUUUGCGGAAGAUGAGAUUGUUGUCAGAUUAUUACGAGGUGCAUCAGGAGAUCGGGCGUGGUGCAUUUUCAUGUAUCAAGCGGGUCACAGAAAAGAGCAGUAAAGUGGAAUUUGCAGCAAAAUUCAUCUCCUUCCGAGCAAUGACGAGGAGCGACGCAGUGAGAGAGCUGCAGCUUAUAUCCCAGCUGGAUCAUCAGAACAUUGUGUACUUCCAUGAUGUGUUCCAGAAGAAGAACAGCCUGAUCCUCCUUCAGGAACUCUGUUCUCAAGAAGAACUUUUUGACAGACUGAUUAGGAAGCCUGCAGUCUGGGAGGAGGAGAUCCGGGAUUACAUCAAACAAAUUCUAGAUGGGAUCAGCUACCUUCAUCAGUGCAACAUUCUUCACCUGGACAUUAAGCCAGACAAUAUUCUUCUGGCAGAUGCAGGCAGCGAGAGCCUUCGGAUCUGUGACUUUGGCAAUGCACAGGAAGUCACCUUGGGCACAUCACAGUACUGUAACUUCGGGACGCCUGAGUAUAUUUCCCCAGAGAUCGCCGACCACUCGCCUGUAUCUCAAGUUACAGACAUCUGGCCUGUUGGAGUCAUUGCCUACAUUGGCCUGACUGGCAUUUCACCGUUCUUUGCUGAGAAUGACAAGUGCACCUUAUUCAACAUCAAAAACUACAACGUGGCCUUUGAGGAAAAGAUGUUUGCAGACCUGAGCCGUGAAGCAAGAAGCUUCGUCAUCAAGCUCUUAGUGAAGGACAAGCAGAGACCAAAUGCAGACGAAUGUCUCCAACAUCCUUGGGUUUUGAGCAAGUCCAUUAACACGGGGAAGAUGAUCAGCACGGAUCAUCUGAAGAUGCUGGUGUCCCGCAGGAAGUGGCAGCGCUCCCUCAUCAAUUAUAAAUCUUCCAUGGUGAUUAGAUCCAUUCCUGACCUCCUGGAAGACACAUCUAGUCACAUGGGCAUUGGAAUUCCCAAACAUCUCAAACAGAAUGGAGCUUCAUCCGUCCUCUCCUCCUCUUCUGAUUCCGAUGAAAUUGAUGAGUUCCCGUUCAUCCCGAUGCCUCUUCAGAUGGAGUUCUCCUCAGCGUGGAUGUCUCUCAAUGAAAUAGCCACUGAGGAAGAGAUGGUGGGGAAAUCAGAUGGUGGGCUGGGUGGCAGAGUGACUGAAGAGGUGAUACAGGCAAAAGUGUGGGAACCUGUACAAUCCUCUCCGGCACCAGGUCAUUCCCUGUCACUUCAAAUACCAAGGAAGCCUGAAGAAGAGGUGGAUAUUGUCAAAAAGAAAGAAAAUGGGGAACUGAAAGCAGAUGGUUUAGGAAAAGUUCGGAUCAAAAUAACAAGAAAGAGAUCAACAGAGGCAGAACCUCUUGGAUCUUCAGAUGAAGAGUCUGAGCCACAGAAAGCGGAGUUUCCCAAGCGUGCACUGCGGAAAGGAAUGACCAUUGAGUCACCAGACUCAUUCAAAGCGGAUGUUGUUUCGAGGCGACGCGAGCUCCGAAGAGGCAGCUCUGCUGACAGUGCCUUGGCUCUGCUUGGAGCACAGCAGGUCACUGAUGGAACCAACAAGGAUGAGAGCAGAGAGCUCCUAGAGCUGCCAGGAAGACUGAAAAAAUCGGUCUCAAUGGAGCUCCCGAGAAGAAGCCCGAGCCCUGGAAGGCUGGAAGAGCUGAGUGUCCAGCGCAGAAAAGCCAGUCCCAGUCAGGAAGAUUACGCUCUGAAGCUUGAGCUCAUGAGGCAACGGCUGCUUCGGGGGGGCUCUGUGGAUAGUAAGAUGAGUGGUCUCCGGGGGCCACUUCUGGAACAUCUAGGAAUUCCAGAUGAUCCCAAAAAGCGCACCUCAUCUCUGGAGCGGCACAUUCACCGCCCACCAAGACCGGAGAAGUCCGCGGCUCAACCUAGACUAACCAAAGCAGCCUCCAGCGAGAGUGCCCCAAGCCAGGAUCUUAUAGAAACACGCGCUCUUCGCAAAAGUGCAUCUUUCUCUCAAGGAGAACCGACAAUUCUUCACCGACGAGUGGGAGCACCUCUAGAACUACCAGUGUCUCAACUGGAUUCCCGGUCAGCAAGCCCAGAUCUAGUUUUUGCACUGAAGGAAUCUCCUUCCCUCUCUGCCUUGACCGAUCCAACUAAAUUCGACACCUCCCGGCCCCCAACACCAGUCAAAUUAAUCACAACAAAGGAGUUGUACCGAACACCAUCACCAGCAGAGGUUCAGCCAGUAGUGCCAGAAGUCAAAAGCACAGAGGAGAAAGCACUAAUGGAAACACCGUGCAUGAAAAUCAUGAUUGGACGAACUGCAAUCAUCACCCACAGUAACCUUUCGGCUGAACCCGAUUUACCUGAAUCCAAAUCUCUGACUGAACUACCUGUGCCAGAUAUAAAGAGCCCAAAUUUACAAACUGUACCCGGAGCAGAGCACCGGACACCUGAAGUGCUGAAAGCCACCAAAACUGAACAACCUGAAGUACACUCAGCCAAGCACAGGACUAAUUUGAUCCCCGUUCCCUCCACUCACUCAGCAAUCCCAGCUGCAAAGGAUGCCUGGCAUGCCCCCGCAGAGCAGACUCCAUCACAGCCUGUCCCCAUGAAGCUUGUGAGCUUGUCCAAGCCAAGGGACACCUCUGCCACCGGAAAGCAGGCCCACAUUGUCAAUGCACACCCUCUGGGAAUUGUCCAGCAGGUGGUUCAGCACCCAGCAGUGUUUUCCAGGGUCAGCCCCAAACCUGAAGUGAAUGCAGAGGUGAGAAAGGACGAUGGGUAUCAGAGCAGGGGCCUGGGAGAGGGCGGUGAGCAAAUCCCUCCAGAUCUGAAUGGUGGGAAACUCAAAAUGAAAUCGUCCAGCAUGAGCCAGUGUAUAAACAUUGCUAAUAUCGAGUCUGAGGAAGUUUUUGAGGCAAAGUUUAAGAAAACCAGAGACUCCUCUUUAACCCGCAGCUUGAAGCAUUUGAUGAGACCAAAAUCUGAGGAGAAACUGCAGCAAACAUCCAAAAAGGAGGAGCAGGUGUACAGGCCAGGGCCGCUGGGGGCACCCUUACAGCUCACUAAAGAGGAUGAGAGAUUCUUUCAAAAAUUUACAACGGGAAAAUCCAGGUCCAGAUCCGAGCAGAAUAUUCCAGAAGCAGUGAAGGAUUCCAGCUUCUUAAGAAAACUGUCCUGGCGGCUAAAAGGAGCAGGAGGACCCAGUGAAAGAAAAGAAGAGAAGGUGAAAGAGAACAUGGCAGCCAGCGGUGGUGUCCGCAAAGUCUCCUGGCCAUUUGGAAGAAGUAGCUCAAAGGAAAGGAAGGCUGGCGGGGAGGAGGCUGAUGAGGGGAGAAACGUAAUGGCUACUCCCAAUCAAGAGGCUGAACUUGUUAAAAAAGAGCAGAAAAAUUCGCCAGCAACGAAUGUGCGCAAGAAAAUUGAGUCCACUAUCUCAGGCAUCUCGCUGAGGUUUGGGCGGAGCCGGUCUGAGGAGAGAACAGGGUCAGAAACAUCACUUCCCACACCACAGGACAAAGUGGAGGGGAAGGAGGGCAAACGUGCCCCUUUUCUCUCGCUGCUCAGGCGCUCCAGCUCAGAAGCUGCCUCCCUGAAGCGAGUAGGGAUCCCCCAGAACCAGCUGGCAAAGCAGUCACCCUCAGCCCCAUCAUCAGAGUCCCUGCAGUCUGAAACUAGCACCACCUCCAAGCAGCUCUGUGCUUCCCCUGAUGGCGAAAGGAGGUCACGGUGGGAUCGAUGGGGUCUGUCCCGAGGCAGGAGAGACAAGGCAACUUCUCAGCCCAACAUCUCGCUGGCCUGUGAAGCUACCUCCUUACUGUACCAUAGAAGUGCUUCAGAUUUCCCACCCGUCUUCCAUGUGAAACUAAAAGAUCAGGUGUUGUUGGAGGGUGACCCCCUGACCCUCUGCACAUUGCCAGCAGGAAGUCCAGCACCAAAGAUCACCUGGGUAAAAGAUCAAAAGCCCCUUGUGUCAGAUGAUCGGAUUCGGAUUGUCUCCUGUUCUGAUGGCCGUGAGCUGGUAACAAUAAUGAGAACAAUGAAGAAGGACAUUGGCAACUACGAGUGUGUGGCUUCCAGCCCUCUGGGCACUGCCAGCAGCUCCUGCACAGCAUCACUUGCAAGGCUCCCAGGCCAGCCAGGGCCUCCGGAAAUACCUCAACAAUACAGAAGUACAGCACUCAUCCUUUGGAGGGCAUCUGACACAGCUGGUCCCUGCACCUACACCUUGGAACAGAAACUUUCAGGAACGGAGAAGUGGGCCAUCAUUUCUGCUGGAAUUUCCGACUGUUUCUACAAUGCCACGGAAUUAGUGAGUGGCACUCACAAGUUUCGGGUGGUAUGCAUCAACAAGGCUGGAUGUGGCCCCUAUAGCCAGACCUCUGAGAAGAUUGUUGUGGAAGAGGAUACGCCAGACGUGCAGCCACCCUCCCAGCCAGUUUCAGCAGAAGUGACCCAGACACCAACCAUCUCCCCACCCUCAGUUUUUGUUUCCCUGCCCUCAGUUCCCAUCCCCUUACCUUCAGCUCCAGUCUCCCCGCCGUCAACUCCCAUCUCCCCACCCUCGGCUUCUGUGUCCCCGCCCUCACUGCCCAUCUUCCCGCCCUCGCUGCCUGUCUCCCCGCCCUCGCUGCCUGUCUCCCCGCCCUCGCUGCCUGUCUCCCCGCCCUCGCUGCCUGUCUCCCCGCCCUCGCUGCCUGUCUCCCCGCCCUCGCUGCCUGUCUCCCCGUCCUCGCUGCCUGUCUCCCCGUCCUCGCUGCCUGUCCCCCCGCCCUCGCUGCCUGUCUCCCUGCCCUCGCUGCCUGUCUCCCUGCCCUCGCUGCCUGUCUCCCCGCUCUCGCUGCCUGUCUCCCCGCCCUCGCUGCCUAUCUCCCCGCCCUCGCUGCCUGUGUCACCAUCCCUGGCACCCGUCUCUCAACGCUCAGCACCCGUGUCCCCCCCCUCAGCAAUGAUCAGCCCCCUCUCAGCAAUGAUCUCCCCCACCUCAGCAAUGAUAUCCCCCCCCUCAGCAAUGAUCACCCUGACUCCAGCAAGAUCCAGCCAAGCUAUCCCAUCACCGGCAUUGAUCAGACCAACAAGGAGUGUCAGGGCUGGACAGUCGGCCACAACUAGUCUGUCCCCUAUUUCUAAAACAGCUGACGGCUCUGCUUCAGGCUUGAGACAUGGAGUUCCACAGAAACCCUACACCUUCAUGGAGGAGAAGGCCAGGGGACGGUUUGGUGUUGUCCGUGAGUGUAAGGAAAACGCCACGGGGAAGCUUUUCAUGGCCAAGAUUAUUCCAUAUGAAGCAGAAAACAAGCAGGCCGUCCUGCAGGAAUAUGAGGUGCUGAAAGCACUUCAUCAUGAGAAGGUCAUGAGUCUCCACGAAGCGUACGUCACUCCUCGCUAUCUUGUCCUGAUCUCUGAGAACUGCCUGGGGAGGGAGCUGCUCUACAGCUUGAUUGACAGGUUCAGGUAUUCGGAGGAUGAUGUGGUUGGUUACAUUGUGCAGAUUCUGAAUGGCCUGGAAUACCUUCACAGUCGCCACAUUGUACAUCUGGACCUCAAGCCGGACAACAUCAUUGUGACUUACCUGAAUGUCAUUAAACUCAUUGACUUUGGCAGUGCCCACAUCUUCAAUGCAACCGUACCCAAGCCACUGGGGCAUCGAGUGGGAACUGCUGACUAUAUGUCUCCUGAAAUGUUGAAGGGUGAUGCAAUCGGGCCACCGGCAGAUAUCUGGGGAUUGGGCGUGCUCACGUAUAUCAUGUUAAGUGGCCGUUCACCAUUUGCUGCACUUGAUCCAGCAGAGGUGGAGAACAAGAUCAAAUCAGCACAAUUUGACAUCACAAAGUGUUACCCUAAUGCCUCUCAGAAUGCGGCUCUCUUUCUCAAGAAAGUCCUCUGCAUGUUCCCAGCUACACGGCCCAGUAUAAGGGAAUGUCACGCCAACGCCUGGCUGCAGGACAACUACCUGAUGAAGCUGCGGCGGCAGACGCUGACCUUCACCACCACCAGGCUCAAGGAGUUCCUUGUUUAUCAUCAGAGGAAGCGCUCAGAGCAGGCUACUCGGCACAAAGUGCUGCUCCGUUCCUACAGCUCCUCCACACAGCCUUCAGGACCCAAGUGACCUGCCUCCCACACACUGCAACACUGAGGCAACAUUCCAGUUACUCCACGAUCAAACUCUCGGCUCUUCAGAAGGACUUUAUAUUCAGAUUAAACCAUUAGAAAGCUGAAGCAUCGGCAGCUGUUGGUUUGGGAAUGCUUGCGAUCUGGGUGCCCUGUUAACAGAGUGAUAGCCCGAGAGAUACCUCACGCUGUUAACAGGGAUGUUUAGGCACGGACUGCACUGUGCAUGUGUUAGCAGCUAGUUAGCACCACGGCUGCUUCUGAGAGAGAAAAACAAGGAGAUCCCUAUUUGUGCAACAAACUUCAGACCAAGGAAAGAGCUGUGGUCUCCGCUCAGCCAGGACCAGGGAAUGGUCCACUUACCAUACUGCUUGCUGCUGUGGGAACUAUGUUAUCUGGUCUGACCUAAUGAGUGUUACACGUGUAUUUUUAUGAAGCUGAUUAAUCUUUACUUAUUUGAAAUGAGAGUUGUAGAGAUGGAGAUGUCCCCUUACCCUCACCACCAGAUUACAUUAACUUUCCUCUGGCUCCGCACAGAGCCUGCACUACUGCUGUGGGCUCUGAGACUCUGGUUACCAAUUGCAAAUAGCACCUCCUGCAUUAUGCAGGAACUCAUAUGGCGUCACGUUAGUGAUAGUAAUCAAAUGACCCAAAACAGGACAUCGAGCAAAGGCAC